CAGCGCAUUUUACAGAGCUGAACCAAGCCCAGUUUCCAUUUCAAAAACAGUGACAGUCUCCCUUGCAGUGGCAGAGGAGAGACAUUGGUGCGAACUAGGGGCGAGAGGCGUCGAGAAGCGGAGUGGUCCAUGCCAGAGACUAAUUUUCUGGAGUUUCUGCCCCUGCUCUGCGUCAGCCCUCACGUCACAUCGCCAGCAGUAGCAGAGGCGGCGGCGGCGGCUCCCGGAAUUGGGUUGGAGCCGGAGCCGGAGUCGGAGCCGGAGCCUCGCUGCUCCUUCUCACGCUAGCUGCGCUCCCAGCCGGCGGCAGGAGGAGUGAGCCGGCCCCGAGGUACUUGCCGGAUCCCGCUAGCCAGGAGUCUGCGCCCUAGAGCGUCCCCAGCGCCGAGGGCCGGUGCCCGGCGUGCUAACCAUGCGUCUGCGGCCAAGGCCGAGCUCCGAGCGGCGUUAGCGCCCUCUGCGAAGCGCCCUGCGAUGCCCCAGCCACUGUGAACCUUUCUGCCUGCCCAGAUACACUCAACCCAGGACGAAAUCAGCCUUGGACACCCUGCACUCUGCGCACGCACGCAACAAACAGAGAAGAGUCCAGUCCGGAGGGCAGAAAGCGCAGGAGGGCCUCCCCGCGCCGGCAGGAGAAGCCGGCGGGUGCAAGGAGGCGACACUCAUCCGGGCUGGCACUGGCGACUAGGGAUGUUGAGCUGGACGAGGUGGCAUGGACCCGCCAUGGCGCGGCUUUGGGGCAUUUGCUGGCUAAUCCUGGGCUUCUGGAGGUCCGCGCUUGCCUGUCCGCAGCCCUGCAAAUGCAGUGCCUCUCGGAUUUGGUGCAGCAACCCUUCGCCUGGCAUUGUGGCCUUUCCAAGGCUGGAGCCUAACAGUGCAGACCCCGAGAACAUCACGGAAAUUUUCAUUGCCAAUCAGAAAAGGCUAGAAAUCAUCAAUGAAGAUGACGUGGAAGCCUACGUGGGACUGAGAAACCUGACUAUUGUGGAUUCCGGAUUAAAAUUUGUGGCACAUAAAGCAUUUCUGAAAAACAGCAAUCUGCAGCACAUCAAUCUCACUCGAAAUAAACUGACCAGUUUGUCUAGAAAACAUUUCCAGCACCUGGACUUGUCUGAGCUGAUCCUGGUGGGGAAUCCAUUCGUGUGCUCCUGUGACAUUAUGUGGAUCAAGACUCUCCAAGAGGCUAAAUCCAGUCCAGAAACUCAGGAUUUGUACUGCCUAAAUGAAAGCAGCAAGAAUAUUCCCCUGGCAAACCUGCAGAUACCCAAUUGUGGAUUGCCAUCUGUGAAUCUGAUUGCACCUAAUCUCACUGUGGAGGAAGGAAAGUCCAUCACAUUGUCCUGCAGGGUGGCAGGCGACCCCCUUCCUAAUAUGUACUGGGAUGUCGGGAAUCUGGUUUCCAAGCAUAUGAAUGAAACAAACCAGACACAGGGCUCCUUGAAGAUAACUAACAUUUCGGCCGAUGACAGUGGAAAGCAAAUCUCUUGUGUGGCAGAAAACCUUGUAGGAGAAGAUCAGGAUUCUGUCAACCUCACUGUGCACUUUGCACCAACUAUCACAUUUCUCGAAUCUCCAACCUCAGACCACCACUGGUGCAUCCCAUUCACUGUGAAAGGCAACCCCAAACCAGCGCUUCAGUGGUUCUAUAAUGGGGCAAUACUGAAUGAGUCCAAAUACAUCUGUACUAAAAUUCACGUUACCAAUCACACGGAGUACCACGGCUGCCUCCAGCUGGAUAAUCCCACCCACAUGAACAACGGGGACUACACACUGAUCGCCCAGAAUGAGUAUGGGAAGGACGAGAGACAGGUCUCUGCUCACUUCAUGGGCUGGCCCGGGGACAUUGACGGUGGCAACCCAGAUUACCUAGGUGAACUAUAUGAAGACUGGACUGCAACAAGUGACACCACUAACAGAAGCAGUGAAAUGCCUUCCACAGUUGAUGAACCUGGCCGGGAGCAUCUCUCGGUCUAUGCUGUGGUGGUGAUAGCAUCUGUGGUGGGAUUCUGUCUGUUGGUGAUGCUGUUUCUGCUUAAGUUGGCAAGACACUCCAAGUUUGGCAUGAAAGAUUUCUCAUGGUUUGGAUUUGGGAAAGUAAAAUCAAGACAAGGUGUUGGCCCGGCUUCCGUUAUCAGCAAUGAUGACGACUCUGCCAGCCCGCUGCACCACAUCUCUAAUGGGAGCAACACUCCAUCUUCUUCAGAGGGUGGCCCAGAUGCUGUCAUCAUUGGGAUGACCAAGAUCCCUGUCAUUGAGAAUCCUCAGUACUUUGGCAUUACCAACAGCCAGCUCAAGCCAGACACAUUUGUUCAGCACAUCAAGCGACAUAACAUUGUUCUGAAAAGGGAGCUAGGCGAAGGAGCCUUUGGAAAAGUUUUCCUAGCUGAAUGCUAUAACCUCUGUCCUGAGCAGGAUAAGAUCUUGGUGGCAGUGAAGACACUAAAGGAUGCCAGCGACAAUGCACGCAAGGACUUCCACCGCGAGGCUGAGCUGCUGACCAAUCUCCAGCACGAACACAUUGUCAAGUUCUAUGGCGUCUGUGUGGAAGGCGACCCACUCAUCAUGGUCUUUGAGUACAUGAAGCAUGGGGACCUGAACAAGUUCCUUAGGGCGCACGGACCUGAUGCAGUGCUGAUGGCUGAGGGCAACCCACCCACAGAGCUGACCCAGUCCCAGAUGCUGCACAUCGCACAGCAGAUUGCCGCAGGCAUGGUUUACCUGGCAUCCCAGCACUUUGUGCACCGCGACUUGGCCACCCGCAACUGCCUUGUUGGGGAGAACCUACUGGUGAAGAUUGGUGACUUUGGGAUGUCCCGGGAUGUAUACAGCACUGACUACUACAGGGUUGGUGGCCACACGAUGCUGCCCAUUCGCUGGAUGCCCCCAGAAAGCAUCAUGUACCGGAAGUUCACCACGGAGAGUGAUGUCUGGAGCCUGGGUGUUGUGUUGUGGGAGAUCUUCACCUAUGGCAAGCAGCCUUGGUACCAACUAUCCAACAAUGAGGUGAUCGAGUGCAUCACGCAGGGCCGAGUCCUGCAGCGACCUCGCACGUGCCCGCAGGAGGUGUAUGAGCUGAUGCUGGGGUGCUGGCAGCGAGAGCCCCACAUGAGGAAGAGCAUCAAGGGCAUCCACACCCUGCUUCAGAACUUGGCCAAGGCGUCCCCGGUCUACCUGGACAUUCUCGGCUAGGCCCUCUCCCCACACCUGUCCUUCCCAACGCACUCCUCAGAGGGGCGAGAGGAGAGGACGAACCCUUUUACUGCCACUGGCUGCAGCAGGCUGCUGCGUGGACAGGCAGCUCUGGCGAUCGAGAAAACCCGCAAAGCCCUCAGACUGCAGCAGUGCGGACCCCACCAAGGGAUGCAGUCCUGACUUUUUUCGAGCAUUGUCUCUUUCUUCCCGGCUCCUUGGUCUGUUCCUUUCUUUUCCUUUUCUACUUUUCCUUUUCUGUUUGUUUGGUUUUGUUCUCCUGCUUCACAGUCCUUCCUCCUUUUCAAUCGAUCUGGCUUCUGCAUUACUAUUAACUCUGCAUAGACAAAGGCCUUAACAAACCUGAUUUUUUUUAUCAGCAGACGCUCCAGUUUGCCCACCACAACUAACAAUGCCUUGUUGUAUUCCUGCCUUUGACGUGGAUGAAAAAAGGGAAACAAAUAUUUGACUUAAACUUCGUCAAUUCUGCUGUACAGACAUCAAGAGUUUGUACGGAUUCAUUUCUAUUUAUUUAUUUAUCUAUCUAUUUAUUUAUUAUGGCUCUUCUUAUUGUUUUUGGGUGGCUUAAGCUUGUGUGGCUUAAGGAAGACGUGCGCUCAAUCUGGGAAAACUUUAUCUGUGGGAGAUUAAACCAGAGAAGGAAAGAUUUAUUAUAAACUUCAGGAGAAACGGGAGAAACAAAGGCAACCAUUGGGAUCAGCUGGCAUCUGUCCCCACUUAGGACAAACCUGGCGCGACCGUCAGCUGGAGGAAUGCGUCCUGCACCUUUUCCCCAAGGCCUGCUGCAAGCACAGACCGGCGGACUCUGUGCUGUGGACUUUUCCUCUCCAUCUCCAGACACACUCACAUGAAGCAGAGAUAAAACAUGACUUCUUGAGGCACAGGACAGUGCAUUCUGUGCUCAGCCAGUCUUGUCUUGGUUGUCAUGGUGACAGCACUGGGGUCUUUUUCAAGUAUUGUGGACCAAGCUUUUGCCAAGUCCAGUUGAGAAGAGGCAGAUUCCAUCUGAUCAUUUCAGGAUCAGAUGCGAAAUCCAGGACUUGGAAAAAUAGGACAAGCUCUCCAUUUGGAGCCAAGUUUCUCUUAUCUUGAACUUUUCAGACAGCAAGUGUCACCUCUGACUCCUAGUAUCCAUUCCUACCUGUCCUUUUAACUGUGCAAGCAAAACUGUGCAUGGUCUUCGUCAAUGAAUACCCUGUGUGCAAAAACUAAAACUCCAGACGUCGUGACCCUGAUAGGUAGAGCAGAUCCAUAAGAGGUACAAUUUGUAUGACUGCUAAUGGCAUUCAUUAGCUGAGAAUAAAUGCCUUGGCAUGGUACAGUUGAUGGUGAUGGGUUUUACCCAAUAUGGACCCCAAACCCUGGAUAUCUUCAUUCAUAUGGAGCCCAAGGACUCUGGGACAGGCAGAACCCAUCCCCAAGGGAAGGGAAAUCUCACUGGGCAUAUCACAUGCAUCUAUGUUCAGUGUACACAGGCCAAGGCUUUUGCUGUAGGCUCUAGUUGGGAGAGUGGUUUCAUUCCAAGUGUUUCCCGCUUUUUUUUUUUCCUUUCACAUCAUUAAACAAAAGAAAAAAGAAAACUGGAAAAUAGGCACAAGAUGCCACGGGAGGUUGUGCCCAGACCAAACAUUGGAGGUGCGCUGCUGGGCAUGGUUGCUGGUCUUGAGAAAAGGUCAUAAAUUUGAAUAGAAAUUUACAGUUAUUUAGAGAGUCACUCAUAGCAAGGGGAAAAGUGUUUCCGCUCCUAAAGAGAAUGUGCUACCCUCUGUGAGGGGAAUUUCACUGGCCCUGAUUUCUUUAUAGUGUGAGCCAGAUUGGAAGAGUGAUCUCAAUCCAUUGUAAGUUAUUUUAUUUACUAUUUGUUUCUGAAGGUGCAAGAGCUCCAUUUAGGUUUUGCUUAUGCCCACUAGUUAUAGGAGCACUUUUUUUUUUCUUUCUAAGCUUUUAAAGUCAGUAUAAAAAUUCAAAAAUAUAAAUUAGCAGAGAACAAACUGAAAUCCAACAGCCUCUGUGGCCAAAAGAAGGGGUUGGAUAAGACAAACUACGCAGUCCCUUUGGACUCUGCACUGGCCCAGAAGAGAUGGGAGUUGAGGUAUUUGUUCUCUUUGCCAGUGAAAAAAGCCCCUCCAGAACACACAUAAUAAUAUAAUGAAAGCCAUAUCUCCAUGAUAUAUGCAUGCACGUGUAUAUCAUAUUGAGGACCCAUGGUACUGUUACAACACUGUGGAGCUCUAUGAAACAGUAGGUAUGGGAAGAUGUGUACAAGCUCUUCUAGGUUUCUUCACAGGUAACCUGAAAACAUACACAGAUUUAUGUGUUUGGCCAGCUGCUCUGUGAGAAAAAGUAGCCAGUCAUUUUUUAUUUUAACUGAGAACAAAGGUGAUAAUACUUAAAAGGAUCAUCUAGUUUAAGGAGGGUAGUGCAGUUUCAGGGCAAAGAUUUGUUGAAAGCAGAUCAGAAAAUUGGAGUGUUCCAUUCCAGUUGUGUGUUUUCGUCAGAAAGAAAAAAGCAAAAAAUGAAAAUAAAAAUUUUUCCUUAUACCUUUUGACAAGUCCCUCAAGGUCUUGAAAUGAAAGGUACUAUGCAAGUGCAAAGUUUUAUAGUUAUUUAUAUUGAUUGUUAUUACUACCAUCAUUGUUAGUACCUAUCUUGUCUCAAGGGUAUAUGCUGACCUUAGAGAUGUCACACUCUGAAAAGACAUUGGCUUGCUUUUAAGAGUUGGAUGAGUCACAGAAUAUUUUGAAACACUAGUUGCUGUCCUUUGACCACCUCUUUGUCCAUGGUUUCCUAAAUCUUAGCAAAGAAGCAUCUUCAUUCUACAUAUGACAAUCACCAAGGAUGACCUGUCAUCAAACAACUUAAAAAUCACAACAAUAGCAGUGACAAAGCUAAUCUCUUAAGUCCAGUCUGUCAUCCACUUCCACUUAUGAUUGGUUCUGUUUUUGAAAUGCCUUCCCAAUGUGUUUACAAAUUAUUCUCAUGUUUCAUAGGCGAGGAAACUGAGGCUCAGAGACUCAGAGGCAGGCCAGAAGUCUCCAGCCUGGCUUCUGGCACCAGUGCACUCCAUCCAUGUACUCCAGUUACAUAAGUGCACUCAAGACACUGAUAUACAAACAAGCAGUUCAGGAAAAAAUGUAUAGUAACUAAUCCAUGAAGCCGGAUAGGACGGGAGAACAAUGUAAGGCAAUACAUAAAAUGGCAAGCUACAGAGAUAUUGUGAUAUAUAAUCAUGCUCUCAGCUUCUGCUACAUCCUUGUACACUGAAUUGGUGUCCUAAUUGGGCUUAUUUAGAAAACACUUUGAACUAUGCUAUCAAGGAUUAUAUCAGAAUUCAUAUUAUACGUGUGUUCACAUCAGCACUACCUAUGGUAUUUUCAUGUAUUUAUAUACGUGUUAUAUACUUUAUACAUAUACAAAUGCACAUACAUACAUAAUGUGUGUGUUUAUGUAUAAAUAUAUAGGCAAAUGCUCAUAGAGAUAAUUAUAAGUAGGGUGCAGUAUUAAUAAUUUGCUUAAAACUGCUAAAUAACCAAAAUUCAUUGAUGUCCCAUUGCAGUUAGAGCUUCCAUUCUCCAUGUGGGUAGAACAUAGCACUUUUCCACUCUGUGCAGCACUGCAAGGACAGAAGAUGCACGUAAGAUAAUGUGCUUCCCAAAACAGCCGAAGAAAAGCCAUCCCCUGGGCAUCCCUCCUGUGGCUCCUGGGGAAGGGGAUGCAGACCGAAAUAGAGCUACAUGUUUAAAGCUCCAGGAAAGGAAAAUCAAUUUCUUGGUCCUUUACACAUUUGUAUUAUGUUCAUCUUGUCCCACUAUGACCCUUUAAACUUGUGCCCAGUGUUGAAGUAUUCCAGAUACAAAUUUUAAUCUUGGAGGUAAAUAAGAAGAAAUCUAAAUGAUACAUGAGAAAAGCAAGUCUUGAAAAUGUUCACAUCCACGUUCAAAUGAACCAAUCAGUGGUAUAAAGUACUGUAUUCAAAAAAACCUCAUGACAAGAGGAUUCCCUGGUCAACAGUGGACAUUUUUUAACCUUUCUUUUUGCAAAUUGGAUGGCUUAUAAUACCAACAACGUUAAAUUGUGUCUAGUUUUUUAAAUUGCUGCAUUACACAGAUUCCCUUGAUUCUUUUAAUCCCCCAUUACUUUUCCUUCCCUAUUUGAGGACUUUAUUUCCAGUAUGGACCUUCAAUUUGGCCCUAUAACCCUUUCACUGAACUCUCAUGAGAGGAACGGCUGGUAACCCAGCUCCCUGAAUAUCUAAACUCACAGUAAUGAAAACUCCUCACAAUGUGUAAUUGGGAUUCAGAGACUCAGGUUGUGAUAAUUUGUAAAUGAAUUUCAAAUGCUAUUCUAAAGAACUGGAGGCAGGGGGAUUAUAGUUAAAGUUAAUAGUGCGGGAAAGGGUAUGUUCUUGUUAUCUGGAGUGAAUCACUGCUGCUCAAGUCAAAGGUUCUUGAACAUAUUUAGUCUAUUCUGUUCCUCUCUUUUUCACUGACUUCUAUUUAUUUAACUAUGUAUUUAUUUAUUCAUUCAAACACUUGUUCCAUUCAUCACAAACAAAAGCAAAGGAAAAAGAGAAAGAAGAAAGAAAGAAAGAAAGGAAUUUAUGUAUACGUGUUGCAGGCAAAACACUGUGAAUCUCACAAUCACAACCAAGCAACUACUCUGCCAUCCUAACACAUGUCUCAGGUGACGAAAUGGGAGAAGAGGGCAAUGCUGACUUUCAGUCUGUGCGUUCUAGGCCAGGUCUGUUUAUUUAUUUAUUUGGUCUAUGCAUUAAUAAAAACGAUCUUGAGUGAAAGUUGGCUGAAUAUUCAACAUACUAGAGAAAAGAAAAACCUACUAGUAGCUAUGUGUUUGAACAAGGAGAGAAAUUGGAGAAAGUGAAACGUAAAGGCCUCUAUAUCUCACAGCUUGUACAUCUUACCGUUGCUUUUUACGUGUAUAAAACAGCUGGAAAUGUUCUAAACACAAGGCCUUUGAAUUCAGUGUGGAUUUUCAAUAUGUAAUCCCUUGACAAAUGACCAAAUCAUGGUGAAAUACUGCUCCUCGCAGCCCCUUGAUCCUUUCUGUUAUUUACAAAUCUGCCUAGAGGUGUGGACACUGCAUUUGCUUCUGUAUCUGGAGAGAUGUUUGUAUAUAUCCAGGCCACAGACACACUCACGUCAACAUCUCUCUGCAGAUCUAUGUCCCUUUCAAUGGUGACCUGGUAUUUGGAACUCUGUCUCUCUUCUCAUUUGGUUUCUUUUCCUUUUAAUGUGCUGUCUCUGUACCGAUACUUAACAGUUCUUGUUUUGCAAUCUGUUUUGAAGUCAAUUGCUUUACUAAGACCCACUGCAUCUUGGCUGAUUUCAAAGUGAAACCUGAAUACAGUGUUUAAAAAGUUCUGUUUGUAAACCAUGUGACCAGCUUCUCUCAACCUGACAUGGAAAGUCUCUUGUACUACAGUGUAUUUAAUAAAAAUGAUGUCUUACAAUAAAUAACAUCCUCCAAAA